CAUCGAAUUAUAUUUAUCUAUAGAGGUGUGUGAAGCUCUAUUUCGCACGCGAUUUAAGGAAACAUUUGUUAAGAUAUUCGCUUUUAAAACACUUAUUUGUUAAUAUAAAACCAAAUACAAAAUGUCGGCGAGUAGUAGCGAUGUAAAAACAGAACAAAUUGAUUUAGCAAAGCUAAGUUUGGAACAAUUAAUGCAAAUCAGACAAGAAAUGGAAAAGGAAAUCAACAGCAUUCAAGCUUCAUUACAAACUCUUUACAAUUGUAAAGCGAAGUACGCUAGCUCGAAGGAGGCACUGGAAUCAUUCCAACCUGAGUGGCAAAAUCGUCAAGUAUUAGUGCCGCUUACAAGCAGCAUGUAUGUACCUGGACGCAUUAAAGAUCUCGAUAACUUUGUAAUUGAUGUUGGCACAGGUUAUUAUGUGGAAAAGAAUUUGGAAAGCUCUAAGGACUAUUUCAUGAGACGUGUUGAUUAUUUACAAGAGCAAAUUGAGAAAAUUGAAAAGAUUCAAAUACAGAAAAGUAGAUUUCUAAAUGCAGUUGCAGGUGUAAUGGAGAUGAAACAACUCGCACUCUCGAAACAGAUGCAACAACAGCAAAGUGCAUAAAUAACAAAACAUUUUYCUUAAUAUUGACAAAAAAUUAACGGAAAUUUGCUUGUAUUGAACGAAUUCGCCUGCAAAUAGUAAUAAAWGAAAAGCUUAAACACAA